UUCUACUCUUUUCUUGUGCUUGAGCGGUCAUAUUCAUUUAGCAUAAGCAUCUUUGAAGUUCUUCACACUUUCCUGUAGUCUUCUUGAAAGUUCAUCACCAACGUCUUAAAUUUGGCUCUAAUCACUGCAACUUAUCAUCCAUCACAUACCAUUCCUAAAAUGGAAUUCAUUUCUAGUGCUGAGAAUUCUGUUUUAGAAGAUUGUUCAUCUUAUGACAAAGCUAAGGAAGUGAAGGAGUUUGAUGAGACCAAAGCUGGAGUUAAAGGACUAGUUGACUCCGGUGUUAUCAAGAUUCCUAGAUUUUUCGUCCAUUCCCAAGAAAACCUCCCAAAAUCAUCGGAUACCUGUAAUUUUUGUCUCCAAAUUCCACUGAUAGAUCUUCAAGGCUUUGAAGGGUGUCGACGAACCGAGAUAGUAAAUAAAAUUCGUGAAGCAUCAGAAACAUGGGGUUUCUUUCAAGUGAUUAACCACACAGUUCCAGUCAGUGUUAUGGAAGAGAUGAUAGAAGGGGUGAGAGGAUUCCAUGAGCAACCCAAAGAGGUGAAGAUGGAGAUGUACUCUCGUGACACCAAGAAUCUUGUAAGAUACUUUUGCAAUGGAGAUCUACUAGUGACAAAAGCGGCAGCCAAUUGGCGGGAUUCAAUAGCAUUUGAUUUCCUGGAUGGUCAACUGGAACCUCAACUCUUUCCUGAAAUAUGCAGAAAAGCAGUGAGUGAGUACAUAAAACAUAUGAUCAAACUGAGAACAAUACUAGCAGCUCUAAUAUCAGAGGCUUUGGGGCUAUCAAGUGACCACCUUGCAAGCAUGGAAUGCAUGGAAACGGAAUCCUUGGUGUGUCACUACUACCCGUCUUGUCCUGAGCCAGAUUUGACACUUGGUACCGCCAAGCAUACGGACCCAUCAUUUCUCACUAUUCUUUUGCAAGACAAUAUCGGUGGCCUCCAGGUUCUACAUCAAAAUCACUGGAUUGAUGUGCCCUUUGUACAGGGAACUUUAGUCAUCAACAUAGGUGAUUUGAUUCAGCUUAUCACCAAUGACAAAUUUAGAAGCGUGGAACAUAGGGUACUGGCGGGAAGAGUUGGACCCAGAAUAUCAGUUGCUUGCCUUUUCUAUCCAAGUAGGAUGAAUAAAUUUAAACCCUAUGAACCAAUAAGAGAGCUUCUAUCUCAGUCUGACCAUCCCCCGAUUUACAGAGGAACUCCUUUUGCUGAAUUUGUGGCCCAUUUCAGGUCCAAAGGUCUAGACGGUAACUCAACCCUUGCUCAUUUUAAAUUAGAGUGACCCUGUGCGAUGCCAACAAUUACAUAAUUAGAUCUAUGGUUGACAUAAAUUAGCCAAUCAUGAUAAUACUAUAUUAACUGUUGUACUUUGUUUCACUUUAUGUAAUUUUUACUUUUUAACCAUCGUAGCUUAUGAAUGUAAAUCCUCAAUAACCAUAAAGACCUGAAAUA